UUUAUCACAAUACGAGUGUCUUAGUUUUUGGCGAUCCACCUAUGCUCAAGGCAAACGCAGUGCCAGCAUCACGGGAUAGUCAAAAUGAACUUAGAUUGGAGAAAAGUUUAAACGAAAUCCAAAACUAGGUUCUACAAUGAAAGGUGUGGCCGCCAGAACGAUCUUCGGUUUGCGUCGGCCCAUAAACCUCAACUCACAAUUCAGCUCGGGCGCCAUCAGCAUGGCUUUCAAAGCUUACGAGGGCACAUCGGACUGCGGAUCUCCCCUGGUGGCAUUGCACGCCCUCUUAGGAUCUAAGGAAGAAUGGGACCGCAUUUGUCGAGGACUCUCGGAACGAUCGUCCCGCUCUAUUUUUGCAACGGACCUACGUAACCAUGGCGAAAGUCCUCACUGUCCAGAGCACGACUACCCGCGCCUCGCCGAAGAUCUAAAACUGUUCCUCGACCAACGUGGGAUGGGCAAGGCAAGUUUGUUGGGGCAUUCGAUGGGAGGAAACACCGCGAUGUACUUCAGCCUUAAAUAUCCUCAACUUGUAGAUAAAGUGAUAGUGGUAGACAUUUCACCUGUAAGUGUCCCCUUGAUUCUGAAGUCAAUGUUCAAUAGCGUUACGCACAUGCUUAAUGCUCAAAUGCCAUCCCAAGCACUGUCCAUGGCAGACGCACGAGUCCACAUUGAUGAUCAACUGGCAAAGCACAUAAAAGAGGCCAAUGUUCGACGCCAUCUUCUCAACAAUCUCAUCCGAAAACCUGACGGAAGUUUCGCCUGGAGAGCAAAUAGCUCAACGUUAGUUAGAGAUCCCUAUGCCAAUUUCGUGACCUUACCAGCUAAGUGCUUUGAGUGUAAAUUCGAUGGUUCCAUCUUAUUCCUAAACGGAGGCGACUCAACAUUUUUUCCGGAAACCGAUCGUUCGCCAAUCUUGCAAUUGUUUCCGAAUGCGGAGUUUCAAACGAUUCAGGGCGCUGGCCACUGGCCACAUCUACAGAAACCGUACGAACUCUUGCGUGCCUGUGCGGAUUUUUUAAAUAAAUCGUAAUGUGCAAUGUAAUUUCAGACUACAAACAGAGAACGUCACCGGUUCUGAAAACGGUUCCUUGAUUGUGUUAUGAAAUGGUUGUCAGAUUUAUUGAUAUUAAACGACUAAUAACAUUGA